CCAAAUGCUCGUCCGUGCACUCUGUUCAGUGUGCAGAAGAGAGAGAAGAGCUUUAAACUGCACAUUUUAACUUUCACCGUCAUGAAUGAUGUCAAGUCGUCUCUGCUGGGGAUUCAAGGUGACACGCGUCUUUGUUAGUGGAUUAGGCAUUAACAUGGUGUCCACGCCGACCAGCAGGGACGCGCUGGAGAGGAAUGUGCCUUUGAUACGCCUGGAGAAUGAUGCUGACCUCAGGGACAUCUAUACAUUUGGAAGGAAAUUGGGUCAAGGUAGCUUUGGAGUUGUUUAUGAAGCCACUCAUAUUGAGACACAGACAAAAUGGGCUAUUAAGGAGGUUUGCAGACCAGCGGCAGGAAGUAGGAGAGCCAGGAUGCUGGGCCAUGAAAUAAACAUCCUCAAACAAGUGGACCAUGCUCAUAUAAUACAUCUCCAGGAAGUGUACCACACGGCCCAGAUGACUUAUUUGGUUAUUGACCUCUGCGAUGGAGGUGAACUUAAGCAGCUGUUACAGCGGAAAAAGUACUUUACAGAAGACGAGACCAGACACAUCAUCUGCAGCUUAGCUGACGCCGUCGUCUACCUCCACAAGAGAGACAUUGUGCACCGGGACUUGAAACUUGAGAACAUUCUUGUGAUGAAUGAUCCUGAUGAGGAAGAUAAAGGCAGGAUUAAUAUCAAGGUGACAGACUUUGGACUAUCGGUGAAGACAAACGGUGUCGGCAUUGAGAACAUAAUGAAGGAGGCCUGUGGGACUCUUACCUAUAUGGCACCGGAAAUGAUGAGUGAUCGUGGCUACAGCCACUGGUGUGAUGUGUGGAGCAUAGGUGUCGUUAUGUACAUUUUGCUGUGUGGGGAGCCUCCGUUUUUGUCCCAAACAAAAGCAGACCUUCUUAAGGAGAUUAUGAACAGAGAAGUCACAUUUCUUCAACCCAUCUGGGGCACAGUCAGCGAUGCAGCAAAAAAUGUUUUGACUUGCCUUCUGAAGGCGGACCCCGCCUACCGCAUGUCGGCUAAUCAGCUUUUAGAAAACCCCUGGAUUACAGGGGACACUAAUGUGCCUGCUAUGCCGUCCAAUGUGCUGGUGAUGGUUCUCGACCUCCCUGAACAGAGAGAGAGAACACAGACUGUGGACGACUCGCCAGAUGCACCGCUGGUCCCCAGCGAAGCCUCAACAGCAACAUACGGCAAACGCUGGAGCCACGCUGAGGAGGACGGCAGCGUCCGCACACCUUCCACAUCCACCAAGCCCACUAAAGAGAGCGGUGGCUUCCUUCAGAGGGACAAGCGAAACAAAAGCUCUAAAUCUCCGGGACGGCUCCAACAGUCUCAUGCUGGGAUGAAACCGUCCAGACACCCGAGUGCAAAGCAGCAAAGACCUCAGGACAUGAAGGACGUCAGUACCGGACAGAAACCAGCCUCCGAGCCCAGUAGGGUGGACGACCAGAGACCUUCUACCUCCAAUAAAAGUAGGACUGCCCCCCGCAAACUUUAAGACCAAUACCUCUUCAAGCAUUGGACGGUCUUAUCACUUGAGGCAGAGAAAGACGGGACACUAGUGAAAAGUGAGCACACUGAAUUUUUCCCUCUUGUUUGCUCACUUUCUUUCUAUUGGGUGAACUUAGAAGGGGAACCUAAUAUACACUUCAUGUUAUUUAAUUCUGUAAUUUAGCAGUGAUGUCAGUGAAACGGCCGUGGAUGGUGCAACCUUUUUUGUGAUGACCAGCGACUAAGCAGUGACCGCAGUGUCAAAUAGUUCAAGUCUUUCAAGUCGAAGACCACUGAGGGUCCGACCUCAGUGCCUCAUGCCAAAGAGAAGGGCCCCUGUCUGAGGUGUGACCCACAUGGGGCCAAAUUGCUGGAGAAAUGCCUGCUGUUGCACAGUCCAAAUACAGACUCCCUAAUCUUUUUUUUUUUUGUUGUGAACCGCAUUGAGAAUGAGAAUGAGUUUUUCAUGACUUGUAGAAUCUGAUUGAAGGCUUUUAUUAUAAAGCAGCAUCCGGAAAGAGAGCUCACAGCACAGAUAAUUCCUUAAUACAACCGGUUAUUUAAUAGUUAUUUGAGUUCCUACCUGGCAGCACAUCCAGUCAUUCAUUAUGGCAUCCUUUAUUAUAUAUAUGGUAAUGUAUGUAUUUUGCAUACAGAAAUGCAAAAAUAUCUUUUGUUAAAAAUGAAAGAUCAUUCUUUACAUUGGGAAAUGUCUUUGUCAUGAGCUGGAAGUGCAAUAUGUAGUAAUCUAUUCUAAUAUUUUCAACAAUUUUUGUAAAAAAAAAAGUACAAAUUGAUUCCCUCAAAAUUAGCAGUAACGUGUGAUUACAUCUGUGUGUGUGUGUGUGUGUGUGUGUGUGUGUGUGUGUGUGUGUCUAUAUACUUAUGACGAUGUACUUAAAAUGUGCCAAGUAUUGCACAACAGAACUGUUGCACAUUUUUUGUGUGUGUCAUAUUUCACUUUCAAUAACAUGAUAAAUAUUUCUUAUGGUUUCUCGAUUUUAUUGUUAAAUUGCAGACACAAAGAGCACAGGAUGUUUUAUUGGAUAUUAUUUCAACGACCGAAGUGACCUGUCAAUUCCAAAACGCCACAUGCGCAGUGACUGCAUCCACUCAGUGUCAAAACAGAAAACCCCGUCACACAGGCUGGCUACGCUCCAUGUGAAUGCAGAGGAUUGGGACUGAGAGCAGCCGCGGGCCUAAUCUCGUUUGGAGGCCAUUCAAAGUAGUAGGAGCUACUUUGAGGGCACUGCCAUUCAAGCACAGGUUUUUCCGCUGUAGAGAGAAUAAUCCCCAGCAUAGAUACAACAUUAAAGUAGUCAAGCAUAACACACAGAGGCUGAAUUUCAAAUCCACACAUUUGCAUGUUGAAGUGAAUGAGGGCCAACAAUGGAGCUUCUGUGCGCAUGCACGGGCCGUGUCCACUAGGGUGUCAACGUAGUGUGCAGUUGUUAAAACUGUCUUCAAAAUAAAUUUCUACAUUUAAAUAAAACAGACAAAUGAAUUAUCUUCAUCUAUGAUUCAAGCUGCUUGCCAAGUGACUGCAACACUUUUCAACGUUAUUGACAUACUAUCUGCCUGUGGUUUGCCCAGACGGGUCUAAACAGCAGAUGGAGCUGUAGUAAAUGUCUGACUUAAUUUCCUGGAGUUAAUCUGACAGGAGAGUUCUAUCCCUAAAGCUUACUACCUGGUUUUGUGCAUGAAGAGUAGUAAUUAGAAAUGAUUGCACAAAACACUGCCCGUUAACACUGUAACUUGUCGCUAAUGAAUAUAUUGUAUGGUAAUGUCUUCAUGACAUGAAUGAAAUAAAAUAAGACCUGCUUAUUUUUU